GGAACCAGUCUAUUUCUCUCACUUUAACCUCUUCACCAAUGAUGAAAUUAGAACUUAACGAAAAAGCGCAAAAUGUUUUUGGAGAUGUCCGUGGAAUAGUGAAGGAAGUAAUGAGAACCGCAAGGCUUUUUUCAAAUCUUGAUACGUCUAUGAAAUCCACUCAUCAGUCUUUACAAAAAUUAACACAAGGAAUAAACGAACUUCAAGAAAAAAAUAAUCAGAUAUUAGAUUUAUUAUAUAUGCUUCCUCAAGUAUCUGAGGGAUUAAAAAUUGAAGGAUUGGUUAGACGUCCUCCUGAAGCUAAUAAUAAUUUAAUAUAA